GGCGGUGCCAAGUUAGAAGCCGACUGACUUUUUUCGGCACUCGAAGCCGCCCGAGUCUCCCCGGUGUCUUUCUUCGCUCGCUUUCUUUUCCCUCCCUUCCUUUCUAACCGCCUAUCCCCGCUUCCAAAAAGGUGGCCGGGAAAGGCGGAAGGGAAGAACUUGGCAAACGGGCAUCCGAGCCAAAGAAGGACAAGGCUUCCCACGCCGGUUCAUCAAGGUCAGCACUAUGACUGAUGGGGACUAUGACUAUUUGAUCAAACUCCUGGCCCUCGGGGAUUCUGGGGUUGGAAAGACUACUUUGCUUUACAGAUACACAGACAACAAGUUCAACCCAAAGUUCAUCACGACAGUAGGCAUCGACUUUCGAGAAAAGCGUGUGGUGUACAACAGCCAGGGGUCAAGUGGUUCUUCUGGAAAAGCCUUUAAGGUCCAUCUGCAGCUAUGGGACACAGCUGGGCAAGAGAGAUUCAGAAGUCUCACCACAGCCUUUUUCAGAGAUGCCAUGGGCUUCUUGCUAAUGUUUGAUCUCACCAGUCAACAGAGCUUCUUGAAUGUCAGAAACUGGAUGAGUCAGUUGCAAGCAAAUGCUUAUUGUGAAAACCCCGACAUUGUAUUAAUUGGAAAUAAAGCUGACCUAUCAGAUCAGAGGGAGGUCAAUGAAAGACAAGCAAAAGAACUUGCAGACAAAUAUGGCAUCCCAUACUUUGAAACAAGUGCAGCGACUGGCCAAAAUGUGGACAAAGCCGUGGAGACCCUCUUGGACUUAAUAAUGAAACGAAUGGAACAGUGUGUUGACAAGUCUCAGCUCUCUGACACAGCCAAUGGUGGGAGUUCAGGAAAACUGGUGUCGCCCAAAUCUGAUGAGAAGAAAUGUGCUUGUUGACUUGGCCAUUCAGGUUGAAGAAAAGGAAUGAGAAAUCAGAAUGACCAAAUGCUAAAUUCAACCUGGAACUCCAUGGACCAAAUGAGACUGCUGUUGUUGUCUUAAGCAAGCCUGAUUUUGUUUUUUUCCAAUGCUGAGAAAUCAUGCUUCUGCAUUCAAACAGGUGUAAACCAUCUUCAUAGAAAAUCCAGAGGCUCUUUUCUUCUUCAUACAAUAGGCAAGUAAAUACAGAAAAAAAUAUCUGCUUUGGGGAGAGGACCAUUGAAAUGUUAGGAGACACCUUUACAAUAAAACAAAGGGUGGUCUUUGUUGGCCUGAGCCAUCAUUUCUCAUCUCUUUGCCCUCUAUUAUGACAUACAUUGUAUGUUUGCUAAACAGGUGAUGAAAAAACAUCCCAAAGAAUAUGUUGUGUGACUCAUUGUAAACGUCUUUAUGGUUUUGAAUACCAAAAAGUUCAUUGUUGUUUCAUUCAAUGUAGUCAUUAGGUGGCAUUGGAGAUAGAGGUGGACUGUAGAAAGAAGAUGUCCAUACAAUAUAGUAGCGUGUUGGAAAAUCAUAAGGUUUGCUCAAAGCUGAAAAGUACCAUGUGCCUUGAAAUACUUGGCCAAGUAUUUCAUUGGUGACUCAGAGAGUGAUAUUCCAAUGGAAUCCCCAUUCAUUAAGAGGUAGUAUGUAUUUAUUAAGUUCUAUAUGAUAGUUAACAUUUCUAAUUAAUUCUAAUGCUCUAAUUAACACAAUAUGUAUGUAUGUAUGUGUAUGUGUAUAUAUACAUACAUACAUACAUACAUACAUACAUACAUACAUACAUACAUACAUACACGCAGAAGAUUAUUUUUGCUUUUACUUUACCAGCAGAGCACUUCCUAAACUUGAAGCUAUGUUCAACGUUGAUCUGGAAUAUUAGUUGUCCAAAGCAAAGUCUUGAUUAAAUGUAUAAUACUGUUACUUUCACAAUUUAAAAUGAGAAAGGCAGGAACAGGAAAAAAGAAGAGGAAGUGCCAAUAAUAAUUUUGUUACAGUAGAAGUACUGUUAAGUGAAGGAUAUGUGCACUUUAGAGCCAAGUGUGAUAGGUGGUAUGAUGAUGAUGAACCAAAUGCAGCGCUUUAAAACAAAAACAGACAUUGUCUUUCCACUAUGCACCAUUUCUGGUGUAAAAGGUCUGCUUUUGCAAUUCAGCCAAAUUCCAAAACCGUCCGCAAUUCCCUGCCACCAUUUUCUAAGUUAAAGAGUUCAUUUCACCAGGUUCUUCGUGUUACCAAAGCAAAAGUGUUGUUUCUAACAUUUAUCACAAUGCUAUUCAUCAGUCUCUCAGUAAUUAAAAUAUAUAUUUCUGUUUGCAAAAUGUGAGCACAUUUCCCAGAAAGAGAAAUAACGUAGAGAAAUAUAUUCUUCUGGUGAUAUCUCAAUUUUCAUUUUUAUUCCAAUACUGUGAUACCUUCAGUACACUUUUAAAUGUUUACUGCUUUUUGUAAUCCGUAGAACUCAUUUUCAGAAAUGGGAAAUUACAAAAUCCCAAAGGUGUCUUCACUUUUUGCUAGUGUUAAUUGCUCAGCACUCCUAUUGGGAAAUACUAAUGUUUUUGUCUAUGAAAUCUGGCUGCUUUGCUUGAAAUCAAGGGCUGGGGAAAUACAGUUAAGCAGUGUUUCUCAACCAUGGCAACUUUUAAGAUGUGUGAACUUCAACACCCAGAAUUCCCCAACAAGCAUACUGGCUGAGGAAUUCUGGGAGUUGAAGUCCACUCGUCUUAAAGUUGGAAGGUUGAGAAACAAUGCACUUAACUUUACACUUAACACUUAAGUAUAGAAGCUUUAUGCAUUAAUGUGUAUCUCUUUUUUUUCUAUAUGGCCCUACACUGUGAGGAAUAUUUAAUCUCUUUUUCCUGUAAUUCUGCCAUUUUAUAACAAAGAUCUUUUAGCUUUCCAAUGGAAGAAGAGAUAACAAUAUAUCCUUAAUGUUUCCCAGCUGUUAAUACCUUACUCAGUGCUCUCCGUUGCAGUAAACAGGGUUAUCUGCUGCAAAAAUUUGGACAUAUGGCUGAGGAAGUGAGGAGUCUCAGCCAACUUGUUGAAAGUUGCCAUUCAGAACUUUUCUUAUAUAUAGUUAGACAUCUUCUGGUAUUGUAAAGCCGAUCUGAAGGGACUAAUAUAUUCCACUUGUAUUCCAAUCUCUCACACUACCAUACAUAUAUUUUGUUGUUUACUAUCUUGGAGUAGCAACUUAAGAACUCAAAGCUAUUCCUAAGGCACAAUUAUUGUUGGGCAUCAUUUGUUGUAAUCAUACACUGGGCUAUCUACUAGCAUGCCUAAACGAUCUCCCUGUGCCUCAUAAUGCCCAUGAGUGAAUGUUUUAUGCAUGCAUGUUAAACUUUGAUAUUGUGUACACAGAAUAUUCACUGGCAUUAAGUAAGGCCAAAUAGCUGUUGGUUUUGUAGCUGUCAUUAUGCACACCUAAACUCCUGCAUGCAUAAAAUGUGAACAUUUAUGAGCACAAUGUUGAAUCCACAAGAACACUUUUGCCUUCCCAGAUCGGCAUUAUAUCAUCUCAUGAAUAGCCUUUGAAAUUGGCUUGAUGCAACUAAAAACUUGCCAAGAUGGCAAUACUGGGAUCCAUCUUGCAUUGUCAAUAUAAACUCAAAAUAAAUUCUGUAUCACAGCAACAAUUCUUUCAUUAUCUUUUUUUUAAUGGCCCUAUUUCAUCAAGGAGAUCAGGAUAUAUACGAUCAAUAUCAAAUGUAUUGAUGUAGGUUAUGUUGCCAUUGUAGUUCAUAAUUGGCGCCUCACCAAAAUAAUCCUACAUAUAAUAGAGUACUUGAUUCAACUUUACCUUCAGUUCAUUGAUGAAUAAUUGUAAUGACAAUACAUUAUGCUAUUUUUUUCCAGUCUUCCUUUUGAGAUAUGGUAUGAAAUUCCCUCUUCUGACUUGGUUUCGUGAAUAUUUGAAUCAAAAUACUGGAUGUGUAAUUGUCUAUGUAUGAUUAAUAGACCCAUGGCUGUUCACUGCUUAUGUGCACCCUAUUGUCCAAAAGUAUUCAAAUGUAAUGACCAAGUUCUCAAGUGCUUCUGUUGUGCUUUUGACCAUCCACAAAGCACACUAAGCCAACAAUUGUUUUCAUAAACUGUAUAUAAUUGCUGAGGAAAGAAAUAGAGAACUGUUAGUUUCAUGUAACUUGUUUUGCCUGCUUUUAUCAACAACCAUUGGCAUGACAUUAUAGCAGCUCACACUGCACAUACCAACUUGAUUUCUAUAAAAGGGUCUUUGUCUGCUUUGUUAAAGCCUCUGAGGAGCAAAGUUGUUGCCUGAUGAAAUGCACAUGAUGUCCCUUAUAAUUACUGUCCAUGGGAUAAAUCAAUAAGUACUUAAGAGACAAUUGUUCUGUCACUGAAAAUGUGUUUCUGUACUUGCCCAGCAGCCUUUUAACGAAGUCUUCUAUCAAGAUUUACACAGUGUUCAAACAAGCCAUUUAGCUGCUGUUUUGUUAAGAAAAGCUACCUUCCCCGAUACAGUUAGUGUAGUCUGGUAUUACAUGAAGUGACCACUGAAACUAUUCAGCCUUGUUGGUUUCUUUCUCCAGUCCAACUGAGGCAGAUUUGGAUGGUGUCCCUCAUGGUCAACUUUCUAGAUCUGCUCUUGAAGCUCAAGGUUAGCAAUCAGGAGGAGUUUGACUACCAUAGAUUAACAUGGCUGCCCUCCGAGAACAUCCUCAAGGCUUUGGAAGGAACUCUCCCAUGUUUUCCUUUUGCUGAAAUAAAUGUUUGAUAACAGUUCUUCUAAAGGUCAAACUAAACAUCACCUGGGUCACAGGGUUAUGGCUGUUACAAAGUGGAUUAAUAGGGGGAAAGAAAAGUUACCCCAAACAGAAGCACCAUUACAGUCAUAUUCUCAGAAGGGGUGAAGUUGUGCAGUCUGUCUAUGCUGUCUGGUGUUAAAUAUUUAGUUGUACUUACUACAGCCCUCCUCAACUCAGACCAUUUAGCACGGGGAUCUCCAACCUUGGCAAUUUUAAGACUUGUGGACUUCCAACUCCCAGAAUUCCUCAGCCAGCAUGGGAGUUGAAGUCCGCAAGUCGUAAAGUUGCCAAGCUUGGAGACCUGUGAUUUAGCACAAAAUCUUUUAUGAGAUAUUUCUUAAGAAACAUGGACACAUCAUCAUCAUCAUCAUACACUUCCAAGGGCCCUGCCUGAAGCUCUCCUAAACUUGAUUCCACCUCAGCUUUUAAAUCAAGAAGCUUUUCGGAUCUUAAACCCUCUCUAACUGCCUUUGCUUCAACCCGGAGUGGGAUUUUCAGUGUAUAUAACUCUAUGAUUCAAGGUACUUUUAUGUCUUUCUCACAAAUAUAUUUAUUGAAAUUGUUCUUUUCAGAUUUUGAUUCAACACUAAGAGCCUCCUGACUGAUCAGUUGCUUCCCCCCUCCCCUGGCUUUGUUUUGCUUUCAGUGUUCCCUUAAAUUAGAUAACUCUGAGCAUGUUUUCUGUUGGUCUUUGAGACGGUUCUGUAGAAAUUAAAGUUUUACAUUCUUUGAACUAAAUGUCUGAAUUAUCUAUCUCUCUCUGGAUGGACUGCACUGCCAGCCUAGCAGCACCAAUCAUUAACCGUGUUGUAUUACUACUACUAUGCUGUUGCUUUUCAAUGAUAUAUAAAUAUGUAUUUAUAUGUGUGAGCCUGUGUGUGAGUACACACAUAUACAUACAUACAUACAAUCAGACUGUAUCCAUUGGUGUCUGGGUUUUUACAAUAUGGCUAAGGAAUGUAAUUCUGUAGUUUCGUUUCUCCACUGUUCUUUUGAGAUUAAAAACUCUUCAUUUUUAAAGCAGUUGUGGAUUGUUGUCUCCAAGAGCGAAUGUGAUCUAAGGGGUCUGAGAAUGGUGAAACUGUGCAGACGACACACACAAUGUGUCUUACUUGAUUCUGGCUUUGCA